GUCUCUUCCGCAGCCCUUCCUCCAAAUGCAAGCGGGCUCGCUCCGCCGUAAGCGUGGCCAAGAGCAAAGCAGCCUUCGCGCAGCCGACCGAUCAGCCCCAGCUCCUGGUAUGAAGAAUCUACUAAUGAAUUAAUUAAUGAAGAGCUGGGCAUUGCCUAUCCCAUCAUUGACGGGAUCCCUAAUAUGAUCCCCCAGGCUGCAAGAAUGAUUGGCAAAGACAAGCAGAAAAACGAAUCUGAGCAGACCUAGAUGUUUAUCUCGAAGGACACAGGAAGACAAGCACAAGUGAAGAGAAAAAAAAUGUUCCUGUCAUUGCCUACAAUGACCGUUCUGGUCCCAUUGUUGUCCUUAGCUGGUCUGUUUUAUUCAGCCAGCACAGAGGAGAACUUCCCCCAGGGCUGCACGAGUACAACCAGCCUGUGUUUCUACAGCCUGCUGCUGCCAGUUACAAUCCCAGUUUAUGUGUUCUUCCACCUUUGGACCUGGAUGGGCCUUAAACUCUUCCGCCACAACUAAGUCCCUCUAAAACGUGCUGGGCCUCUUAGGAGUACUCAUGGAAUAAAGAAUCUGUUGUGGUUUCCUUUUUCCACUGCUAAUAUUUUGCCCCAGGGAUCAAAAGUGAUCCACUAGGACUAAGCAUACAUAGAUGCACUUGCACCCACAUGUUAUUAGAAGAUACACAUGGCUUCUGGGAUGCUUCCUGUCACUCUCAGUUCAGCUCUUCCAGCACCAAACCAGAUCCCUUGGAGUAAUCAGCCAAAGAAUCAGUUGAUCAGCUUGAUGCAGGCAAGUCUUACUUGAACAGUGUCCUUUAGUCAAAGAGACAAGACAGGGCUGGAUGGGCUUCUCUUCCAUGACCAUCUGCUAUGCACCCAAGAGAAUGGCUACUGUGGGGUCAAAUGGUGAGAGUGGGGCAGCAGAUGCAGCCACAAAAUGUUCCUGGUCCUUGGAAAAAGCCCUGCGCAGGUGUACUCUGAGGGCGGAUGUCACACUACCAAAUGCCCCCAAGCAAUGAUUUGCAUACUUUGGGUUUGGUCAUAUUUAAGGGUUGAAUAUGGCUUGAGUGUGGCUUGGCCUUGAACUGUGGGUUGUUCUUGAAACAUGGGUUAUCAUGUUGGCCGAACCUAGCUGAGAUAAUAAAUUAAGAUGAGCAAUUCAAAGUUCACAAGCUAACAACAAACCAUGAGUUCUUUUCACGGGUUAUUUGUGGUAACAACCCAUACUUUGUUAGCACAGCUGAGUUCAAACAGCACAAUAAGCCACGUGUCAACAUCAACCAUGAUCCAAUGACAACCCACCCCCAACCAUUGAGUGUAGGUUGUCAUGUUCUCUGCCUUACAUUUCCUGAGCCCUGUCAUUUUGUCCUACUUGGAACGCACUUCCUUGACCUAGGGACCUUUCAUGCAGGUUCCACAUAACCUAUGGAGUAUGUUAACUGUUUCAUUCUUAGGUUACUGUCUGUUGAGUAUUAGAUGUAUACUGAACAUGCCGAUGUCUACUGCUCAGGGUUUUUCUUCAUUAAGCUGCACUGCAAGGUUGCAAAGUCCUCUGUAUUUUUAGUUCAUUUGAAAAAAAAAAAAAAAAGAUUUAACAUGUUUUGCCAUGAAACAAAUCAAUCUAGGUUAACCAUGGGAUUGAAUAGCAAGUUUUUGGUUUUAAUAAGGCACCUGUAAAGGCCAACAAGAUUUCUUAUAUUUGCGUGUGUGUGUGUGUACACACACUCAAAUGUUACCCUAGUUAGAGUUUGUUUCCAAGAAGACCACUCUCAUAAUGUUUUGUGUUGGUUGAAAUCUGCUGUUCAGUUCCUGUGGACUUGGCUUGGGAAUGUGCAGGAUGUGUGCUAUAUUCAAUGGUCUUGCUUCUAAAAUCCAGUUUAAAUGUGGGCACGUGGAUGUGUGUUGCCUCCUGUUGGCAUUUAAGAAAGCAAUAUGAAUGGGUACUGUUCUUAGACCCCUGUUCAUGCCUUUUGCAACGUUCCCAUGUUGGAUAGAAAUGGCACAUUGAAAUACCACUUCCGUGAAUCAU